UCGAAUGCCCACCUAAAAGAAAAAGAAACCAGUGUUAUCUUUCUACCCAAUCCUAUUCGUCUUCUACGAGUUUCAGUUACUGUCUGCCGGCUGUUGGGUGUUCCCAAAUCACUUCACCUUCCCCAAAUUCUUCUCUGGCUUUUGUUUAAAUUCUGAUUCUUUUUGUUCUUUCCCCUUAAGAAGCUCCGCUAAAUUGCGAUCGAUUACAUAACCCUCAGGGCUUUAAAUCUUCUAACACAAGAACGAUUAUUGCUAAGCUUUCACUUCAUCAUCUGAGAGAUGCAAUCCAAAUCGGGAGGAAGAGGAAAUGAAGAGGAAGUGAACCAGCAGCAACCCAUGAUGAUGUAUCCAGACCCUUGGUGGAAAAACAACUCCUUUGGUGGUGUCCUUCCUCAAGAGAGACCUUCUGGUUCAGAAUCAAACGAUGUUCAUUCACCAUCUCAAGACGGUGGCCCUUGUAAGGAUUCACAAGCUGCUACUUCUCCUCCUCCUCCUCCAGUAGAUAACAAUGGAGAAGAAGGGAAUGAUCCAACGGCUUCUAUGGAUGAUGAGCAAGUUGUACAACCACCAGAGCUUGUUGGACACUACAUUGCGUGUGUUCCAAAUCCAUAUCAGGAUGCAUAUUAUGGAGGAAUGAUGGGAGCAUAUGGUCAUCAUCAACCAUUGGGGUUUCGUCCAUAUCCUGGAAUGGCUCGUGAAAGAACAGCUCUGCCACUAGACACGACACAAGAACCUGUUUAUGUGAAUGCAAAACAGUACGAGGGGAUUCUAAGGCGAAGGAAAGCACGUGCCAAGGCUGAGCUAGAGAGGAAAGUCAUCAACAGAAAGCCUUAUCUUCAUGAGUCGAGACACAAGCAUGCGAUGAAAAGGGUGAGGGCUAGUGGAGGCCGGUUUGCAAAGAAAAGUGAAGCAGAAGCAGCAGAGGAUGCAGCAGCAGCGAGGAGAGAAAGGAGUUCAGCAACCAACUCAUCAGGCUCUGAACAACCAGUUGAUUCUUAAGGUGCAUCAUAGUCAGCCAAAGCUCUGAGAAAGAGAGAGAGGUGUUGCUUAGUUGUUCUUGUCAGAGUUCCAUAUCAUGUGGUUUUACAGUUACUAUGUACAAAGAGAGACGAGUUCUUUUAGGUGUUAGAUUUGGAGACAGGGGAAAUAGUAGUCAGUAGGUUUUGUUUUUAUUCUUUUGGAAAUUUGGAAAAAUACGUUUGUUUAAUCAAUUGCUUUUUUGAGCAGAAAGUGUUACUACAGAGAUUGAGCUCGCUCGCUUGUUUGUUUGUUUUUUCCUUUAUACUUUGACCAAGUGAAAGAAAAAUGUGUAAGAUAUGUGAUACGUGUGGGCAUCGGUUAAGAGAGGAUAAGAAGAAGUAACUCUAGUUUAAUAAAGAGUAACCAUGGUUUAGUUACUUUAACUUUAUGCUUUAUCUAUAUAUGAGCUGUAGGGUUUUGGAAAGAGGGGUAUCUGGGUUUUAGUGGUUAAAGAGAGAAAAGAGACGCCAUGAACGUCUCUGAACCUUGUACUCAGUUCUUUAAUUCUAUGAAUAUUAUCUAGUUUUCUUGA